AUGGCCCAGGGGGUCCUUCAGGGGGCAUGGACGCUCCCAAGGGGCCUCCCAGAUGCUGAGGUGGUGCUAGGAGCCCUCACAAGAGUGGCGGCGCCCUUAGGAGCCCCUACCACAGGAGGCGGGUUCUCCUUGGGGUGGCGGCGAUCCCAGGGACGCCUGCCACCAGGGGGCAGUGGCCCCCCCAGGGAGCCAUCCCACGGGUGGGGCGCCCAAAGUCCCACCAUUGGCGGCGAACCUGCAAGGACACCAGGGGUGGUGGUGGCUGAGCCUUCAGGGGCGGCGGCGCACCCGGGGCCUUACCAGGGGCGGCAGCACCCCCAUGGGCCCUCUCUAUGGGUGGCAACGUCCCUAGAAGGCCCUUUUCAAGGCCGGCGGUGCCACCACAGACCCCUCAAGGGCAGUCGUGACCCCAAGGGCCUGCCGGUGGCGGCUCCCAAGAGCCCCCUGCCUGGGGCAUCGCCUGCAAGGGCACUUUCAGGGAAGGUGGGCCCAAUAGGCCCUGCCAGAGGCUGUAGCACUCCCAAGGCCUCUUCCAGGGGCUGUGGCGGCCCCAGGUGCUCUCAGGAGCAGCGGCGCCUCAGGGCCCUCCCAAAGCAGCCCGGAUCCUUGGGGGCCCUACCAUUAGCUGUGGCACCCCCAGGACCUCUUCCAGGAACUGUGGAGUCCCCGUGCCCUCCCAAGAGGCGGCGGCGCCUGGGGCCCUCCACGGUUGGUGGGGCUCCCAGGGCCCUCCAGAGGCGGCGGCGAUCCCAGGGUGCAGAACCAACUGCCCAGGGGCCCCUCACGGGUCCAGCACUCCCUGGAGCCCUCCCAUUUGCCCUAACAGGUGCGGCUCGCAGGGAGCCUUCCAGGGGCAACAAGCGCGGCCCUUCCAGGGGCAGUGGCUUCCCCAAGAAGGGCCCAACUUGGGGGGUGCCCGGCUCCCGGGGGCCUCUCAGGGGCAACGGCGGCCACAGGUGUCCCUGUCGGGGGCUGUGGAGUCUUCAAGGGGCGUGGACGCUCCCAAGGGACCUCCCAGAUGCUGAGGCGGUACUAGGAGCCCUCACAAGGGUGGCGGCGUCUUUAGGGGCCCUACCGCGGGAGGCGGGUCACUCCUUAGAGGUGGCGGCAAUCAGGGACCCCUACCAGGGGCAGUGGCCCCAGGGGAGGCCAUCCCACGGGUGGGGGCGCCCCCAAGAAUCCCACCAUUGGCCGGCGAACCUGCAAGGACCCUCCCAGGGGUGGUGGCCGGCUGAGCCUUCCAGGGGCAGCGGCGCACCGGGGGCCUUACCAGGAACGGCAGCACCCCAUGGGCCUCUCUAUGGUGGCAACGUCCUAGAGGCCCUUUUAAGGCCGGCGGUGCCUCCAAGGAACCCUCCCAGGGCAGUCGGCCCAAGGUCCCUGCCAGGGGCGGCGGCGCUCCCAGGAGCCCUGCCUGGGGGCGGCAUCGCCUGCAAGGGCACUCAGGAAGGUGGAGCGCCAAUAGGCCCUGCCAGAGGCUGUAGCACUCCCAAGGCCUCUUCCAGGGGCUGUGGCGCCCCAGGUCUCUCUCAGGAACGCUUGGCGCCCUCAAGGGCCCUCCAAAAGCGGCGUUCAGCAGGGGCCUACCGUGCUGUGGCACCCCCAAGGACUCUUCAGGAACUGCAGGUCCCGUGCCCUCCCAAGGCGGCAGCGCCUGGGAGCCCUCGGGGGUUGGGGAUCCUGAGGGCGGCCCCUCACAGGAUCCCACUUUGCUUCCUUAGUUGUGGUGUCUGCAGAACCAACUGCCCCAGGGGCCCUACAGGGUCAGCACUCCCUGGAGCCCUCCCAUUUUGCCCCUAUGGGUGCGGCGCUCGCAGGGGCAUUCCCAGGAGACAACAGCUGCACCAGCGGCCCCUUCCGGGGGCAGUGGCGAAGCUACAAGGGCCCAACUUAGGGGUGCCGGCGCUCCCCGAGGGCCCUCUCAGGGGCAGCUUGGCGGCCACAGGUGUCCCCUGGCGGGGGCUGUGGUAUCCCUCAGGGCUAUUCAGGGUCUGGCGUCCGCAGGGUCCUCCCCAGGCGCGGCGGCGCCCGUGGGGAACCCUCCCAGGGCAGCCUGGGGCUUUCGCUGGGGGUGGAGAAGCUCUCCUGGACCCUCUUAAGGGCAGCGACGCCCCAAGGGCCCCUGACAUGGGCUGUGACGUCUCAGGGGAGCCCUAUUAG